AAUGAGAAACAUUACUUACAUAAUUUAUUGUGGACUGUACAAGUUUUUCCUUAUUCAUUUUUAUUUCCAGCUGGAUCUUGGUCUUCAUGAAUGCGUGUACAAGUGGCUCCUUGCUGAAGAAUGGUCUCUGGGUCUUGGUGAUGUUGUUUCCUUAGAUCCAACGUUGGGCCAGACCCUCACACGCCUUCAUGCUACAGUUUUACAAAAGAAACGUAUAGAAGCUCAGGCUGAACAGGAAGGAAUCUCAGGGGCUGAGUUACACGCUCGUCUGGAAGCCCUGACUGUAGAUGGAUGUAGUGUGGAAGACCUUGCGCUGACCUUCACAUUACCUGGCUAUCCUAACAUUGAGUUCCGAAAGGGUGGCUCAGACAUUGCUGUCACUGUACAUAACCUUGAUCAGUACCUACAGCUUGUUAUUGAGUGGUUGGUCCGUGAAGGAGUCAGAAGGCAAAUGGAGGCCCUUCGUGAAGGGUUUGAGUGUGUCUUUCCCUUGACUCAGCUCCGAGUCUUCUACCCGGAAGAGCUUGAGCAACUGUUCUGUGGCUCCUCGGAUGCCUCGAAGUGGGACAUGAAGCAACUUGCUGAAUGUUGCCGUCCAGAUCAUGGAUAUACGCACAACUCUAGGGCGGUUAAGUUCUUGCUGCAGAUUAUUGCAGACUACACACCAGCUCAGCAGAGAUCCUUCUUACAAUUUGUUACAGGUUCACCAAGGCUGCCUGUUGGAGGUUUCAGAAGUCUAUCUCCAGCACUUACCAUUGUAAGGAAAACUUUUGAAGCAGGAGAAAACCCUGACGAUUUCUUACCUUCGGUGAUGACCUGCGUUAACUACCUGAAACUACCAGACUACUCCAGUAUUGAUAUUAUGAGUGCCAAAUUGGAGAUAGCGGCCAGAGAGGGCCAGCACAGCUUCCACCUCUCAUAGGAAGUUUUUGGACCGGCAGAUGAUGCUCAACCCACCAAUUUUUGGGCUUCACAUUGUGAUAUUCUAUGAUUUUUAUUUUAUUUUAUUUUAUUUAUUUAUUUUUUUUUUAUUUUUUUUUUUUUUGUCAAUUGCUACCUUGUUUAUUUGUUUUUGUUUUUGUUUUGUAUUUGUUUUUAUGUAUUUGGUGCAUUGUGUCCAACAUCAAUUCAUCCUUAAGGUAGAGAGUGACAAGAAGAGUCAAAGCUGGUGUGAAUAUGCUUUUAAGCUCUUGGAACGAAUGCCGAAAGGCAAGCAUUUACAGUACUGAAAAAGGAAGCAUGGGAGUGACAACUAAUUCUCAUUUGUGAUUUAUAUAGCAUUCCUGGGGAUGUAUUCUUUAUUGUGCCUGGUGACAGUUUCUCAAGGUAUCUCCAUCUCAUGGCCCAAGCCUCAACUCUACAGUUUUAAUUUAUUAUGUGAAUAUGUAGACCAAUAGUUAAACUAAAUCAAUGCUGGGUGUUCAGUGAUAAAAUCUCAGCUUGUCAUAGAUAUACGUAUAUGAAAAUUGAAGGUUACUUGUUUGAUCACAACUACCAUUUAUUAUUCUGGACACUUUUAAAAGACAUUAGAGAAGGAGUUUACUGUAUUUGUGGAAAGUGAACUGUGAUAUCCCCAUUUUUCAAUUUUCCACAAGCAGCUUGGCUUCAGACAGCUGGUUUUGGUUUCAGCUACGUAGUGAUUGUGAUGUUGGGCACGCUGGAGAACUAGGAUCCAAGCACUUUUUUUAUGGAAGAUUUCAGGCCGUGGAUUUUCAUCAGUUUGUGUGUAUUCAGAUGAAGACAUAAUCUCACAGAGCAUUAAGAUGAUAAAUGAUCUCGUCAUUGUUUCCAUUUGGAGAAUGUCGUGUUUGUUUUCUUGUUUUUAUGGCCCACGUUUUAUUGGUAUGUUGUUAAGGUGUGGGUCAUUGGUAGGAUUUAAUUUAAUUUUUUUGUACAUAUGAUUUACUCAUUUUAAAUGAGACCAAAAGGCAAUUUAGUUUGGUUAGUGGACAAUGACAAAGUAACCAUCUGAGGAUUAUUUGUGGGGGAUCUCUCUCAGUAACAUUGCUUAUAAAUGUCAAUCCUAGUCAUUUGAAAGAUAGCAUCACAGUGGACCCAAAUGUAUUGCAGUAAAAGCUUUUGUGAAACAGAUUCAGCAAGGCCAAGAUGCAAUUUUUUCUGUAAUUGUAGAUUUAAUACUUGAGAAAAAUUAUUUUCAAUCCUUUACAAAAUGCAUUCAUUUCCUGGGAUAUUAUUUGAUUACCAUGCUCCUCCGAGAAUUUUGUAUAAAGCUUUGAUUUUUUUUUCUCCUGUCAGAACUGCAGGUCAGUUAAAAAUGGAAGAGUGGGCAUUAAUUGAUUUACAGAGACAAGCAUUAAUGGUGGGAGUGUAACAUGAGCUACAGUGAAAUACUACAUAUAAUAUGCUGUCACUGCAUUCAGUAACUUGAUUGAGGAGGAAAAAGACUUGCCCAAACUUUGGUAGGUUAUUAGUAAUGUUCCCAAUUUAUAUUUUGGUGAUACCAGAUUUGAUUGUGUUCUAAUUUCUCAGAUAAGCAUUGACAGCAGAUGUGAAUGAAGUUUUUGAGAGCUCUUGAUGCCUUAUGGAUGAAAGGAGCAUGGUUACAAAAAAAAAAAAAUACAAAAAAAAAAAAAAGAAAAAAAAAUGCAUAGCAACCACAAACCUUUGUCAGCAGUGUUGCAUUGGUGUCAGACACACCUGUUUUAGUUAUCACUUAAACCAUCUGCAGUAUUGAGUCCAUCUUGAUUUGCUGUUACUUUUGGGUAUUCUUUUGUUACUUGAGACCUGCUGGAUUGGCCGUAAAAACAAUUGCUCUCAAAGUUUGUUUAUUUUUUAUUGUUAAAUGAAUAACUUUUAUUUAUUUGUAGUAUUUUUUUGUUUUAUUUUUUUGGGCAGUCUGGAUCACAGGUGUUGAACCAUGAGCUUUUUUUUUUUUUUCUUUGUCUACUUAUUCUUCUUUCUUUGUGUGUGGAGGCAAGACAGGUUAAUUUGUAUGUCUGAAUUGAGCAUAACUAAGUUCAGUAAUUAUGAAUUCUGAUGACUUCCUCAGCACAGACUUUUGGGACAUUGGUUUUUGAGUGAACAUUGGUAAUACAGUGAUGCCCAUGCUUUUGCACCUGUCAUUCUGAACUGGCCAUACAUUGAUGCUCCCGGCAUGUCCAUUAUAUAUAUCUUUUGAGUACAUGUCAUGUUUAUCAGUGCCUACCUUAAAUUGAUGUAUAUUGUAAGUAUAUAAAGAAAUCACAUAACUGUAAUACACAGUACAUAAUAGUUUUUACAGAAAACAAAUGUGAUAAUGUAAUCAGUACCCAAGAACAUGUCGCUAUGAAUGUGUAAGCGAAGUUUUUGUAUUUGCCUUGUGAACCUCAGUUUAUUAUGGUAGUAACUUUUGUGAUAGUAAUUUUUUUAGUCACUUUCUUUUUGUGUGUCAUUGAGUAUUAAAUUCAGCACAUGU